GCAUCCAGUACCACCAGGGUAAUCUAGCAUGCGAGUCUUUGGGGAGUCUCAUCAAGUGGCCUCAUGUUUCUCAAAAGGUGGUAAAGAAAAAGUGCACGUUUCAUCCCCGGAUUACUAUAAGUCAAUUACUUCUCAUUAGAUCAGAGACAAAAUGAAGAAGAAAGACGCAUUUUCUUGUAUCUUUUUCCAUUUGCAUUUACCGCUCUCGUUCGUCGGCUAUUUCAUUUUAUGUCCUCUACUGUUUCGUUUUUAACGUAUUGCCGGGCAUUAAUAAGAUAUCGGGAAUAUCCAUCACAUCUUGUCGGCCACUUUCUAUUGCGACAGGGCUCCAUGCCUCGAAUAUAUUUUGCGCUUCUGAUAGUUAUAGUUUACCUUUGUUGACCGCACCGCAUUUCAGCAAUGAUGAAUUUACAUGUGAUCCUGCGUAAGAGUUGACACAAUGAGUAUUUGGAGGGAAUGAUAUUUGUCUUUUGUGCUGCCUGCUGAUAUCAUAUACAUACAUAACAUAUUGCGAUUGCGAUUCCCGUCUCUGCAAUCCUGAGUCUUCUGCCAUAAGCACAGCAGGUGAUUCAAGCACUUGAAUCAAAACAGAUCAAAGCUUGAUCCAGAUGAUUGAUGAGGCUUGUUCUCCCCAGUCAUCGGAAACACUGCCUACGGAAAUUUCCCAACAGAGCACAACAUCAGAAGGAAGAGGUCUGUUUUUGGCUCCGAGUGCCCUCUUGCUUCCUGAAGGGUCGGCGAUGCCGGGGAGCUGUCAUUACAGCGUAUUAAAACAAAGCUGCCCAUUUCAACUCCAGGGUUCACUUCGCUGUGGCGUCACUGGCGUUGGGACAAGAAGAAGUGUUGAAUGAGGUUUCGAUUGCAACUUGCGCCUCAAACGCGGAGCCGCACUUUAUUCUCCACACCACACACAAAUCACUCCAAAACCUCUCGCAAAAGAAUCUCCCCUCAUUAUUAUUAUUGUUUAGUUAUAUAGCUUAUUGUUCCUCCUCAUCCGCCGCUCUUUUGCUCUCCUCAUCGAUCUGCCAUCCAUCACAGAGGGCAGAUCCUGUACGAUUUGACAGGACACUACGCAUCUCAUCCGGUCUCGCUUGAUCAGGGCUCACCCAACCCACAGCGCGGGGUAUCAAGAACGCCCAACCUGGCCUGGUAACUAGCCUGGUCAUCUUUUUUUAGCGAACAAGCCGGCCACGGUGGCAGUGCCGAUCGCCAUCAACGUGCCAAACCGGCCGCAACCUAACUCCGCUAGUUUUUCACGUCCAUCGUAUUAUCAGCCUACCAAUUUAAGCACAGGCUCUCUGGCAGCAACUCGCGCAGGAGAAGCGUGGAAGGACCUCCACCGUCCAGAAGAAUUCGCCAAACCAUCGUCCAGCUCAUUGGCUGAUUGGGAUGAAGUUCGUCCUUUAGUUACAUCUAACAUCUCGUAUUCAUUAGGCACACGCCAGAACACCGCCGCUUGGCGGCCUUUUUUCACAAAAUGAUGGAACAGCUGAUUGAGCCCAACAUCAGGCUCAGCCUCGCGUGUUGAUUGCUCAGAGAUGUCCAGAGAAAAAUUCCAAGCUCGAAUUGAUGAUUUACCAAGCAUGGUUUUUAAUGGGAACGCCUCGCACCAUGCCUCCUUUUUUUGGUUUUUACGCAUCACUUUUCUUCCCCAUCUCUCUCCUUUCCAUGACCAUAUCAGCAUAGACAAUCCAAUCUCUGUUUUGCGCUCUUCAUUGUUCGUCGCAUAACACCAUGCCUUCGUGGUCCCGCAUAGCCGCUUUCGCGCUCCUCGCGCUCUCCGCUUCUUGCUCGGCUCUCGAGCUCGGCGAAGUGGUCUCAGACUUCUCCGAUAUCUUGGUCGGCGACCGCGACGUGAUGGACAACGUGACGUUAGCCGACUCAGGAGACCUGAUAUCACUGGCAAAACGCGCCUGUCCAGCACGGUGCACACAGUACUGUUGCGUCUCCGACGGCACCUGUAUCCCCUCGACGGCCUGGAGCUGCUGCGGUCGCGGUAUCGUUUGCGGCCCCGGACGGAAAUGCUGCCAUAACGGCUGCAUCAACGACAAUGAAGAGUGUUGCCGGACCGCGGGUAGGCAUUGUAGGGCUGGGUAUGAGUGCUGGCUCAUCAACGGCCGGCCUAGGUGCUGCCCUCGAGGCGUGUGCGGGAGUGGUGGUAGCGGCGGCGGCGGCGGCGGUUCUAGCAGAACUACACCCGCACCACCUAGCCCUCCACGGACAAGACCCAGUUUCGAUUAUUAUACGUGGACAGUAACCUGGACAUACCGCGUCACAUUCUACACGUCAGUUACAAUCCGCACAACCACAACCACCACUACAACAAGCGUCGUCUCCUUCUAUGCCUCAGACUCAGCCGACGCCUCAUCUUCCUUCCGUGCAUACACCGCCACGGCGACCUUCGACCCCCCCGCCAGCGCAACUGACGUCCCAGAACCACCGGGAGGCGGCAGAGGCGGCAGCGGUGGCGGCAAUCUGGUCGCCCUUCCACCUGGCGAAUCAGGGAGCAGCGGUAUCUGGAGCUGGCACGCGGCGCUCCUUGCAGGCGCUGCUCUUGUUCCUGGAAUCCUGGCGGUUUAUCUGUAAGGGGUUAGUAUCCAGGUCCUUGGACCGUUGAGAUUCUAGUUUGACGCAAAAACAUGAUAUCCAUUUUUGUCUUCCUUUUGUAAACGUGUGGGGGUGAUAUGUCCUCCUAACCCCCUUAUCUUCCCUCUUCUUGUUUCUUUCCUUCUUUGAUGUUGUUUCCUUCAAGCCCGACUUUCCUGCAGUGAAUAUCAUGGGUUUGCCUUCUUGCUUGUGUGACAAGUGGCUUGGAAAUGACAUCCUUCUUGAUAAACGGUUAAUGUCCUAAGUUAGAGUGUGAGGAAUAUAUACGGAUAAACAUGCCUAUGAGUAUAUAACGCCUUUAUUUCAUGUUUUGGUCUCUAUUUCUUUGCGAGCUACGCUCCAGGACGGUGAUGAUUCUAGGCUAGUAUAGAUCCAACAACUAACUAAUCUCAUAAUUGAAGUAAUAUCAACAACCCUUAGUAUAUAAUCA